AUGACCAUCUGUCAGGGGGCUCGUCGCGUACUAGACUACUCUGUGGAUUUCCGGGUUCUGGCUACGGAGGCCGGCUGGGCAGACGGCCCGUUACGUGCUGUUUUCUGGCACGGGCUUAACAAAAACAUCAAGGCGGAACUCAACACACGUGAUGAGCCCUCUAGAGACGAUAUUUUAGAAGCAGACCUGAGUCCAGGUGUUGGACCUCUUCCCUCCUCCAGCAUCCUGAUGGUCGAAGUGGACAAUGUUCAACAUGAACAGUUCACUGUCACAGAGGAGGUCAAGGCACUGACGGCAGAGAUAGUGAAGACAAUCAGGGACAUCAUUGCACUGAACCCUCUCUACAGGGAGUCUGUCCUUCAGAUGAUGCAAGCUGGUCAGAGAGUGGUUGAUAAUCCUAUCUACCUCAGCGACAUGGGAGCGGCUCUGACAGGAGCAGAGUCACAUGAACUACAGGAUGUCCUGGAGGAGAUCAACAUCCCAAAGCGUCUCUACAAGGCUCUGUCUCUACUGAAGAAGGAGUACGAGCUGAGUAAACUUCAGCAGCGGCUGGGCCGAGAGGUGGAAGAGAAGAUCAAGCAGACUCACAGAAAGUACCUGCUACAAGAGCAACUCAAGAUCAUUAAGAAGGUAGAAUCGACUGUGUCAUCUGUCUGCCGCUGUAUCUGUCCGCACAAACAUUCCACCUCUUAA